AUGAUAGGCUCCGGCCAUGGUUUUGCCAUGACGACUGGCUACGCUGGUGUGUUUGCGCCAACGCAAGCGCCAAUGCGAGCGCCAGUGCCGCCAAAUCAGGUGCUUUAUGGACCUGUGCCUAGAUCACUGGGCUCAGCGACCGUGAAUGCAAUUCCGAUGCCAGGCGGCGUCGUCCAAGUGCCACGCCCCAUGCCGCAAGAUGCCGGGUCCGCGGGGUCCCAAGGCAACUGGCUGCCAAAGUCCGCGCCAGACCUUCCCCGCGAGCUGCUGGUGGCCUUUGAUAUGGUAAAGAAGCAGCGCACAUCGCCGGACCAACGUGACCAGGCCUACCGCUGUUGGAUCCAAUCCUUGGCAGCUUGGGGCGUUUUGGAGAACCUGCCCUUGGACGCCCAGGGAACCUUGCAGGUGACGGCUCCCUUCUGCCACGACUUCUUUGAGGCACCUCACCUGCUUCCAUUUUUGGCAUCGCAGAUCCUGGACAGAGGUCGCGCCCGGCGCAUCCAAGUGCAGGGCUGUGAUGUGCGGCCGCAGGACUUUUGGUGGGCCGCCUGGGAAAAGUGGACCGAACAUGAAUUUUCAGGGCGCAUCACCUUGCAGUUGCGUCAGCAGGACUUGGUCCAAGAGCCCCAGCCGUUGGCCGGCCUCAUUCUUGCGGCGCAUCCAGAGGUCACCAACGGCGGCCCCUGGCUGCCCAUCCUGCGGCACGUCUUGUCGAGCCGAUCACCCAAGGGCCGCUGCGUCUUCGCCACCUUCUAUCGCCAGGAAGCUGAGGCCUGUGUGCAGAUCUGCCAUGCCCAACACGUUAUGGUGGAGAUCCGCGAGAAUCCGUUUUACGCUGGCCGGCCGGCCGACGAGGCUGAGAAGCAAAUUGGAUACCCCAACAGGAGAAAGAAAGAGGAUGGUGGCGCGCCUGCUGCAGCCCGGCUUCCUGGAAGCCAGCAAACCCAGGCCACCCCCGAAGGAGACCUACAGCGCAUACCCCAGGGGCAUGGGAGCUCCGUUGCCCGGUGGCAUGCCCUUGGUGAAGAGCUUUGCCUCGCAGAAGCGUGCAGCGGCGAAGAAGUCCGACGACGGCGCGGCUUUAGCGCCGGGAGGCAUGUUCUCCUGGAUGGACCAAGCGAAGCAGAUCUUCAGCGAUCGAACGGCUGCGAGGUCGGUUGCGUGUUCGACAGCAUCAUGGAACGGGAGGUUUCACGGCUGGCGGCCACGGCCACGCUGCUGCGCGCCGGCUGCCGGAAAUGUUGCAGCUGCCUGUCGGGCUCGCCGGUCUUGUGCCUCAUCAUCACACCGGUAGUUCUGCUGGUUUUCAUCCUCAUCGCAGUCUUCAACGUGUGCUUGGCGCGGCUGUUGACAGCACCUGGAGCGGUGAUGUUUAAUGUUCUUUUGCUAUGGUUGAUCUUGCGACUUGUGGUGAGGGUCCUCGUCUUCCCUGGUUCCAUCCUAUUGUGGCGCCGCAACACAGAGGCCUCCUACCGCUCGGAGAUGGCAAAGCAAUUCGCCCAACACUUGGAGCACCUCCGGGGCUAUGUGGCUGAGAGCCUGGGUAAAGGCCAGGGCAUCGCGGCCACACCAGCCACGCUGGAGGGCACCCUCUUGGGCCUCAUGGUGGUGGAAGGUUUGGCCCGGAACUUCCGGGUGCAGCAAAGGGACCAGGUGAAGUUCACCUCGGAGCAAGUGCAGCUCCGAAGCUUGGUCCAGGCCGUGGAGCUCUGGCUGAGCCAAGCCAAGGUCCUGGACAG